CAGCUCCCUCCUCACCCUGGAUGGAACUGGAAUCCCGAUCUGGGAGAAACGGGCUCCUCCAGCUCCCUCCUCACCCUGGAUGGAACUGGAAUCCCGAUCUGGGAGAAACGGGCUCCUCCAGCUCCCUCCUCACCCUGGAUGGAACUGGAAUCCCGAUCUGGGAGAAACGGGCUCCUCCAGCUCCCCCCUCACCCUGGAUGGAACUGGAAUCCCGAUCUGGGAGAAACGGGCUCCUCCAGCUCCUUCCUCGCCCUGGAUGGAAGCUUUUGGCAGACGCUGGUUCUUGAAGAGGUCGCAGGCGGUACGGAGGCCCCGACCCGGCCUCCGAGGAGCUGGCCUCCAGAUCUCAAAAAGAAAGGGGAAUCACGUUUUUUUCUAACUGUAGUAGUUUAAAGAGGACGGAAGAACAAUGGCUGCGGAAAGUGUUCCUUCUGAGCUCAUAGAAAGAGAACGGAAAAAGUUACUUGAAAUCCUCCAACAAGAUCCUGAUUCUGUCUUAGACACAUUAACCUCUCGGAGGCUGGUUUCUGAGGAAGAGUAUGAGACUCUGGAGAAUAUUACAGAUCCCCUGAAGAAAAGUCGAAAGCUAUUAAUUUUGGUACAGAAAAAGGGAGAGGUGUGCUGUCAGCAUUUCCUCAAGUGUUUACUUAGUACUUUUCCAGAGUCAGCUACCAUUUGGGGCUUAGAGCAUGAACUUUUAAAGCAUGAGAAUAUACAACCUCCUCAACCUAUAGGGGUAAACAAGAAUUCAGAAGAUUUUUUUUCCUCUGGAGAGAAAGAGCCUGAGAAUCCUGAGAUCACAGUAUCCUUCACAGAGAAAGAACACCUGGAUAUGGGAAUCUCUGAAUCCUUUGGGGAGAAGAAAACUAGUCAUAAAGAGACUGCUUGGACCUCCAGCGAAGAUGAGAAGGAAUACAACAUGCCUGAAGUCAUAUCAUCACAUUCAGUUGAGAACCCCGAAUAUGAAAUUCCAGCAACUAUUGUUUAUUUACAGGAUGGACAGAGAUAUGAGAAGCCAGAUGAUUCUUUGUACUUAGGAAGAGAGGAAUAUCUAGAAUCAGUUGGAUACUCAGAAGAUGCAGAGCCCGCUGUGGAAGAAGAGGAUUAUAAUGACUCAGAGCACAGAGUUUAUGAUGGCGAAGAAGGCUGGACAUAUUCAGAAACCCUGCACUACUCUGAGGAAGAACAGAGCUAUGAGGAUUCAGAAACUGGCAUGUCGCUGGAGGAGGAGGAAGGGGAGGAGGAGGAGGAAGAAGAGGAGGAGAAAAGGAUUGAAGAAAGAAAAAACGUGUUUCAAGAUGUCCUAUCAUGUUUAAACAUGGAUAGGAGCAGAAAGCUUCUGCCGGAUGUUGUUAAGCAAUUCUCCUUAGAUCGAGGAUGUAUGUGGACACCUGAGACUCCCGGAGACUUAGCUUGGAAUUUCCUGAUGAAAGUUCAAGCUCUGGAUGUGACAGCCAGAGAUACAGUCCUCAGACACAAGGUUCCGGAUGAAGAUGGCAAAGAGGAAUUGGUGACUGGGGUAGAGAAUUUGGAAAUCAGGGACGUACAAACCAUUCAUCCCUUUGAUGUUCUUUGUGCCUCUAUGCUCUGUUCAGACAGCUCCUUGCAGCGUGAAGUCAUGUCAAACAUGUAUCAGUGCGGGUUUGCUCUUCCCCUGCUCCUGCCAGAUGCAGAAAACAAUAAAAGCAUCUUAAUGCUAGGGGCCAUGAAGGACAUUGUGAAAAAGUGGUCAACACAGUCUUCAGGAGGACCUCCAGGGGACACAGAAAAGUUUCUGAAGAUGCCUGUCAUCUCCUUUGUGCGCCUAGGGUACUGUAGCUUCUCCAAGUCCAGAAUCCUCAACAGACUGCUUGGUCCUGCCCAACUGAAAUCACACAAAAUCUUUCUCCAUCAGGAUUUUACUGUCCCAGUGCUUCCCCGGCAAAUCUCUGAUGGCCUGGUUGAGAUAACGUGGCAUUUUCCUGAGCGAGACUGUCUAAAGGAAAACCCUAGUUUUUUCCAGAAGCCUGUUGCUCUGGCCAACCUCCGUGGAGACCUAGAAAAUUUUUGGACACAGUUUGGUUUUUUGGUGGAAAUUUCCUCAGCUGUGUUUUUUUUCACUGACUACUUAGGUGAGAAGGAGUGGGACUUGCUAAUGUUUUUAGGAGAAGCUGCCACUGAGAGAUUGUACUUUGUCCUCAGUCCCCAGGCCCAGGAGAGUGAAGAGGCUCAGCUUUUCCAGAGGAUUCUAAAGUUGAAGCCAUCACAACUACUGUUUUGGGAGGAGGAGGAAGCUGGGGAGAGAAGGAAGAACAUGGAGGGUCUUCAAGCUGCUCUGCAGGAAGUGAUGUCCUCUUCACUCAGAUGUGUGACCAUGGAGGAGAUGGGUUCCCUGGCCAGGGAGUUGGGAAUCCAGGUAGAUCAAGACUUUGAAAACGUUCAGGGAAUUCACAGUUCCUCUAGUGAAAACCUGGCUGAAGAUGAGAGACAACAAAGACACGGUCAGCCAGAAAGCUCAUCUGAAAGCGCAGCUGAGAUGCCUGUAAGCGGGCCUGGGGCUAGCUGGAAUCUUCAGAAUUUCCACCCCACCCCAGUACUCAUGCCUCCUCAGGAAAAUUCCUAUCCUCUACCAACCAGAAUUGGAAGUAACUUUAACCAUAUGUCUCUGAAAGCCCCCUGGGUUAUGGGCUCCCACUUUUGGUCAGAGCAGAGGACCAGGUGGUUCCGUCCCUGGCCCUUUCAGAAAACAAGGGGCUAUGGUCGAGGUCAAAGUUUUAGGUCUCAGUACUUCCCACCCCAGAGAUUUUAUUCACCUGGAAGAUUUAUAAAAUUUCCAAGAACUUCUUGGGGAUAUUGCAUGGAUAAAACAAGACCUGUGUCUCAGCAUGUACAGGCCUGGCCUAAGAGACCUCAGGAGGACAGAACAAUGGGAGCUCUUAAAAGAUCUGGGGCAGUGGUCUCCCACAUAGGUCACUUCCAUUCCCUGGGUUUGCAGCCAGCAGGAACAGUUGGGAAGCCACAGCCUAAACAAGCCUAUGCCCAGAGAACACAGCCAACUAGGGCAACUGGGAAACCUAUAAAAACAACAUCCCAUAUUGAAGGUCUUUAUCCCCAGGCCUUUCAACCAGCAGGAGCCAUACAAAAACCUAUAAGACCUGCUUUUCAGCAAGGAGCCAAACUGAAGGCACAGGAUGUGCCUUCAAAUCCAACUUUCCAAAUGGGAUCCUAUCCCAAGUCCAACAGCAAAUGUUUACCCAGCUCCCAGUUCACAUCCAACCAGCCCAAACUAUUCCAGGUCAACCAAUCCCAGCCUGUGCCCUCUCAACCCAAACCCAGGCACACAAAACCCACUCAUCCCCCGCCCUCCCAAGCUAAACCCUCUCCACCUAAACCUACUCAGCCCAAGCCAUACCCACCCCAGGCCUCCCAAUCUAAGCCUUCUCAGCCCAGACCCGCUCAGCCCAAGCCAUGCUCACCCCAGGCCUCCCAAUCUAAGCCUUCUCAGCCCAGGACCACUCAACCCAAGUCAUGUAGGACCAGUCCUUCACAGGCUAAGACAAACAGUCUAAGAGCAGCACCCAAGAGGGCAGGAAAACGUUAAAGUGCUCACUCUAGAGACCUAUGAAACAAAUCCUUCAUCCAGGCCAUUGCUAUCAUAUGGUAACCUGAAGAAGAAUGGCAGAGAUGGUCAGAGAUUCCUAUCAUUAACAUGACAGAAAGAAAGAAAAAAAAAGAUAUGCACAGCUUAACUGGUAUCACUAAAAUAUCUGUAAGAAUUGCGUCUACCGGGCACCUGGGUGGCUCAGUGGGUUAAGCUGCUGCCUUCGGCUCAGGUCAUGAUCUCAGGAUCCUGGGAUGGAGUCCCACAUCGGGCUCUCUGCUCAGCAGGGAGCCUGCUUCCUCCUCUCUCUCUGCCUGCCUCUCUGCCUACUUGUGAUCUCUCUCUGUCAAAUAAAUAAAUAAAAUCUUUAAAAAAAAAAAGAAUUAAAAAAAAAAAGAAUUGUGUCUACCAAAAGAAAAAAUAUGAAAAGAAUUAAGAAUAGAAUCAGGGAGUAAAUAAAUUAACUGAACCCAGCCUUGAGUAUUAGGUAAUAUAUAACCUGAUUGCCAGGAAAGGUGCUAUUGAGGCGACUCCAUAAAAUAAGGCUCAGCAGCUCAGUGUUACAAGAAAAACUUGUGCUCGAUGUUUGCUACUCCAGAGGUGUCUUGGUCAAAACUUUUUGGUUCAACCACUAAGCAGAUAAUCUAUUUACCUGUGAUAACAGCUCCAGUUUGCUCAGAUGUUAUAAUUCUCUCAUUUUACUCUUACAUACAGGAAUAAUGAGCUGAAAACCAAUGAGAUGAGUUAUUUUGCAUUUACUUGGGUAUGAUUUGUGUAUGUUCUAUACAUUUUUUUAAAAGAUUUUUUAUUUUUUAUUUGACAGACAGAGAUCACUAGUAGACAGAGAGGCAGGCAGAGAGAGAGGGGGAAGCAGGCUCCCCGCCAAGCAGAGAAGCCUGAUGCGGGGCUCGAUCCUGGGAUCCCGAGACCAUGACCUGAGCCAAAGGCAGAGGCUUUAACCCACUGAGCCACCCAGGUGCCCCACAUAAUUGAAUUUUUGAUUUUAGAGUUACAAAGCUUGUAGAAAGCAUUGCAAUGUUUAAGAGAACUUAAGAUUCACAAAAUUUGCAGGUUUACUUUAUUAGGCUCAUUUACUUUAUUAGAUUCAUCCUAAACAUUUGGGUAAGAUCUGCCAGUUACAAGCAUAAGUAAAAGGAAUAUAAUAAAUUUAAAAUAUUUAAAUGAAGUUUAAUUAAGCUUGCAAAUGAUGCCAAAUAUUAAUAAAAGACCACUUAAAGGUUAAUAUUUAAAUUCACUAGAUGUAGAAAUAAAAUAAUAAGAUUUGUAAUUUGAAUUAAGAUCUCAGUGUUUUAAAUUUAACACUUUUAUAAAAUUAAUACUAAUUUUAAGUACUAAAAUAGCCCCACGUUGUCUUUUCUGGGUUAGAAAUUUUUUCGCCUUCAAGGAUGCCAAGGGAAAAAGAUCAUAUUGAUAAAUAGAUGAAAAAUGAUUUUUAAAAAGGAAUAACUAAUUUCUGAGAACAUGCUCAUACUCCAAUAGGCAUCCUUUAUUUAUGCAUGUCUUAAACAAUUAUACUGAGUAUUUAGAGGGUGUUAAAUCUAAAGUCUUUGUAAGGAUGAAGAGAGAAAUAACUGUGCAUGUAGAUUUUUAUCUAUAUCUUUCCAAGAGAAAAAGCCUAAUACCUAGUGUAUUACUGCCAAAUUUUCAAUGUAAAACAGGAGUUUCUCAAUGAGAAUAAUCUUUUUGUGUUUAAAUUUUUGAAAUGAGCAAUACUUGGUGAUAUUUUUAAAAAUGUUUUUCUAAAUCCAUCUUUAAGAUUCAUUCCUGGAGGACAGAACUUGCUGGAUUCUUUGUCACUAACAAAUUCUGUAUCAGCCUGGGUCUUGGCAAUACAUAGAUGGUACAUUCAGUUUGGAGACUUGGAGGAGCAUCUCAUAAAGAGACUAUUUACAAAAGGCUGGACAAGAUGUAAAAACAGGGCAAGAGAGCACAGCACCCUGGAUCUAGUCAAAGUGUGAGGUACAUUGCCACCCCAAGAUCCGAAGGGAGAGAGGGGGCAGUGCUCUCCCCAACCAGAAAAGAUGUGUGGGAAGGGUCUUGGGUCUGGUGGUUCAGGGAGACACUGUGGGAGUGACCCACAGGGAGCUGCCCCAGGGAAUAAAUAGCUAAAUAAAUAAAUAAAUAAAUAAAUAGUGCAUUCCCUUGGCCAAAGCCAACCAGAAACCAGAGAACAAGGAGCUCACCUAGGUGGUUCUUGUUGAUCAGGCUUCGGGUUCAAAGUAGGGUGGAGAAGUGAACCUGGACUGGCAAACAGAUGGCACUUAGCAGAUUUCUCCCUUCCCAUUGCAUUCUUCCUUCCCUUUUUUCUCCUUUCUUUCUUCCCUUGUGUUUAUUUCUUGAGCAUAUAUUAUGCGUGAGGCAGUGCAGUAGGAACUGAGAAGAUACGAAAAGAGAAUGAGAAAUCCUGCUGCAGUUGUGAGAUCCUAUAAAUCUGUUUCCUCUUUAUUAUAAAACUAUAAGCCCAUUAUAUACAGUUUCAAAAAUGCAGAAAUAGAAGAAAGGAACAUAAAAAUAGCCUGUAAUCUCGUAACUCAGAGUAACCAAGUAACUGGCAAUGUAGUCCUCUAACUCACUCAUAACAUUUUCGUAUAUUUUUUUCUGUGUAAAUAUAUUUACAGGCAGCCCUCAGUUACAUAUUUGAGUCUGUAUCAGGGUUGAAUGUGGCAAAAUUGAAUAGUGUUGGGGCAGGUAGUAUAAACAGCAUAAAAUACUAGUUUUCUAGAUAUCUUAAGAAAGUCUGAAUUCAAGGCAUGAAAUACAGUUUAAGGGCAUCUUUAUAUAAUGUACAAGUUCAAUUGCUUUUAGUUAAACAUGCAAAAACUGAGAACUACUUGUUUUAGGUGUGUUAUUUACUAAAUUGAGAGCGUUCAAUUUGUACCUGAAUUCUUUGUUGUUGUUGUUGGCAAAUUUAGGAGUCUAUCCAAUGACUUAUUUUUUCUUAAACACCUUAAACCAAUUUAUAUUUUGUAUAAGAAACCAAAUAAAGAUUACUUUUUUUUUUUAAA